CAUAGGAAGCUUUGUUCCCAGAACAGCUUCCAUUCUGAAGAUCCGACGAUCUUUCUUACAAGUUCAGGAACCAAUCUCCCCCACGUCUGACCGAUAGGCGAUUUGUCGGCUCAUCCCCUUAUCGACCACCCCAAAAGCUCUGAGCAACUGUUGAGCUCAUCUAGAAACGGCUCGGAAUAUUUUUUCAACGCGCGAGUGUACCGCGUUGUUGGUCAAUAAUCUACUAGGGGAAAGGCACGGAUGUCCGCUUUACGAACGAGCUUUGUGGAUGAACCCGUCUCAUUCCUCAGCUUGGACAAUUUUGAACAGUAGCUCAUCCCAACCAGUCCAGCAGUUCAACUUAUCUCAGAGCUGUCAUCCAACCCUAUACACCAUUCAUGUGUUAGUAGGAUCUGGCUUCAAACAGCUUUUACGACGACGAGUAGGUACACGAUCACAAAAUGAAGUUUCUGUGUCUUCCAGGUGCGUAUGGAAGCGCAAAGAAUUUUGAGGUCCAAUUGGCCCCGUUCUGCAAAGAGAUGAGCACAGAUGGAACAGCAGAGUUCUUUUUCACACAAGGAGAAAACAAAUGCAUCCCACCUCCAGGAUUCGAAGACUACUUUGGACCAGCUCCUCAUUAUCGCUUCAUCGAAUAUGACGGCAUAGAACAGAAUGAUGUCCUGGAACGAGUGCGCGAUUUCCCUGAAGGCGAGAACCCGGAAGAUGUCCUUAGAGAACUCAUGCCAGAGGGAAGUGAGAAGGUUCAACAAAGCGUUAGGAACGCACUGGAUGCUCUCUACCUCAUCAUGGAACAACAUGGCCCUUUUGAUGCCAUAUGUGCAUACAGCGAAGGAACAGUCAUCAGCGGCUCUCUGAUCAUGGACGAGCAACGACGAUUUGAGAAGGAAGGGAGACCGAGACAGAUCAAGCAAGCUGUAUUCUUUGCUGGCUGGCCUCCCCUCAAGCCAGAUUCCAAUGAGAUGCUACUCUCAGACAUCAGCGAAGAAGUCAUCGAUAUCCCAACAUUGCAUUGUGUUGGUGCUGAUGAUCCGUACUUGCAUGGAGCUAUGGCCCUCUUCAACGUUUGUGAUCAGGAUGAAGCUAUUCUAUUCGAUCACGGGAAAGGACAUACCAUUCCUCGAGAUGCGCAAACACUUCAAGAGUUGGGAGACGCAGUGCGCGGACUACCUUUGGCGAGUUUUUGAGAAGGUUGAGAGAACGGAUCGGCGUUUCAACAGAUAUAAUUCUUAGAUCAUAGAUGUCAAAAGCCGGCUUGAGCCUGAAAUAAGAUCAGUCUCGGAGACUACUGCAAGUCCAGCAUCUUCAUCACGAUUUGUUGAAGCUUUGCAAAGAGACCUGAGAGUUUUCAUAUGCACAACACAGUAGAUAAUUUUCCUGCAAGAACCACUUGGUGCAGCAGAUGGAAAGUUACUUUCGGCACCGCUCCGAAUCUCAUCAUCUCAUCCCCAAGAAAGGGUCUUGCAGUGUAAGAAGUCAAAAAUUAACUUUAUGAUAU